AUGAGAUGUCCCGUGCCACCUGGCAUUCGGGCUCAUUCCACCCGAGGAGUGGCAGCCUCAGCCGCCAUCCUCAGGGGUGUGGGAGUGGAGGAGAUUUCCGCUCGUAAGAGUGCUCCAGCCACUGGUGGCGUGAAGAAACCCCAUCGUUACAGGCCCGGGACUGUGGCUCUGAGAGAGAUCCGUCGUUACCAGAAGUCCACCGAGCUGCUUAUUCGCAAGCUGUCUUUCCAGCGCCUGGUCAGGGAAAUCGCCCAGGACUUCAAGACUGACCUGCGUUUUCAGAGCUCCGCCGUGAUGGCUCUGCAGGAGGCUAGCGAGGCUUACCUGGUCGGUCUGUUUGAGGACACCAACCUGUGCGCCAUCCACGCCAAGAGGGUCACCAUCAUGCCCAAGGACAUCCAGCUGGCCCGCCGCAUCCGCGGAGAGCGCGCCUAGACGUUGCCCGGGAUCAUUUGACCUCGAA